GAUCGGUGCGGGCGCAGAGCGUGGAUGGCUCGUAUGUGGCUCGUCGACAUCGUCAUGCGUCUAACUCUUCCCUACGUUUUCGUUUUCCAUUAUUUCGGAGCAGGAGUCAGAGCCGAUAUUCCGAGCCCCUGCAUCCCCCGGAAGUACGUGGAAAACAGCUUCGUGUGCGUGUGCAAUGCCACUGAUUGUCCGGAGCCCGGCCGGUUGGCUCCCCUCGACAUCCUCGACGAUUUCCUGUUCGUCGUAUCCUCCAGAGACAAAUUCCGCUUCUUCCCGGGACAGGGACUCUUCAAGCCUUUCAACCUUGCCGAGAUGGUUCGAGAAACUCCAGAUAAGACUAGCGCUACAUGUCCUCACCGAGGUGCCCCAAAGACGCUGGGAUUUACUCAUACUUCGCCUAACGUCAAAGACCCGGGGAAUGCGACACUGAUAGUGAACAAGACCGAAUUGUAUCAGGAGAUUCUGGGAUUCGGAGGAGCCAUGACAGACGCCGCUGCACUCACCAUCAAGACUCUUCCCGAAGCUGCACAGAAGCUCCUUAUCAGGUCGUAUUUCAGCGACGAUGGGAUCGGGUACAACAUCGCCCGAGUGAACAUGGGCGGCUGCGAUUUCUCUGCCCGGGGAUACACCCUCGAUGACUAUCCAGGAGACGUGAAUCUCUCGCGGUUUGCCCUCGCCGACGAGGACCUCAACUACAAGAUUCCGUUGCUGAGACAAGCGAAAUCGUUGAGAAACGACUCGCUGUUUGUGUUUGCAAGUCCUUGGACGGCACCGGCUUGGAUGAAGACGAACAAUGACCUCAUCGGGAUGGGGUCGCUCAAAACGGAAUACUAUCAACUUUGGGCUGAUUACUAUCUCAGGUUCGCAGAGGCGUAUAAGAAGGAAAACGUGAGCUUAUGGGGAGUGACGACGCAGAACGAACCGGUCGACGGGAACAUCCCCGGUUUCACGUUCAACUGCAUGGGCUGGACGGGAGAGACGCAACGAGAGUGGGUCAAGAACAAUCUGGGGCCGACUCUUCGCAAGGCCGGUUACGGGGACGUGAAAAUCAUGAUCUUCGACGAGCAGCGCAUGUUCAUGCCCAAAUGGCCCCGAGACAUCCUGAAGGAUCCCGAAGCGGCUCAGUACGUAUCGGGGAUCGCCGUCCACUGGUACACGGAUUUCAUAGCGCCUCCCGUUCUCUUGGACCUCACGCACGCGGAGUUCCCGGACUACUGGAUCCUGAGCACGGAGGCAUGCGUGGGAUUCACCGCAAAUUCCCCGCACCAAGUUCCCCUCGGGGACUGGGGACAAGCCCAGUCUUAUGCCACUGACAUCAUUCAGAACUUGAACCACUGGGUUGUGGGAUGGGUGGAUUGGAAUCUGGUCCUGAAUUUGGGAGGCGGACCGAACUGGAAGGCAAACUUCGUGGCCGCCCCCAUCGUCGUCAAUGCAAGUUCUGGGGAAUUCUACAAGAACCCAACGUACUAUGCCAUGGGUCACUUCUCCAAGUUCAUUCCUCGUGGAUCCGUUCGUAUCGGGCUCACGAUCCAGGCAGCAGACGAGAUGAAGAAGACCCUGCAGGCGACUGCGUUCAAGACUCCCGAAGAUACCAUAGUUCUCGUCGCAAUCAAUACGGACGAAGAACCAGCAUACAUGUCCAUCCAAGAAGACAAGAGAUACAUCAAUUUCCACCUCCAUGGAAAAGCCAUCGCGACCUUUGUCUGGAAGUAUACUUGAGAGAAACCAAUUACCCUGAUUCCUCAUCAACUUUCAAGAUUCUACACCUUUUGCCAAGAACACCAAUUUUGUUUUAUUCACGAGCCUACUAAUACAGAAAGACAACUUCACCGUGCUUUGUGCCUGUUUGCGACAGUGGUUCAAAGAACGCAUCAAGAACGACCAAUUUGAAGAGCUUAUGUUUCUCCUAUGGCAUAAAACUAAGAGCCACCUGCAGGUCUUCUUCCCAGGGCUGAAAAUAGCCUAAACCCAAGAAUGGGCCAAGUAUAGUGUAAGCGAGUAUGCAGUAUAGUGAGUAUCUAGGAUCAUACUCACUGCACAGCCUCCUCAUAAUUCUAAGUGGAGUAAAUGAUGUCCUAGUUAUGAUCAAUUGAAGCGAUGCACCUCCUUGAAAUGAAUUGACAGUCUUUUACCAUGUAUAAGCACGUGAAAAUAAACCUGAGAAGGCA